CCGCUUACCUCCUGCUUCUUAUCCUAGAAUGCAGCAGCCGUCUUCCUCAUCUUUGCAACAGCCACUAGCCCAAGCUCCAUAGCCGUCGUGCCUCCUCUGUUGCUUCUUCUGCUAUACAGAGCGCCUAUCUCCAAUUCUCCAUUUCCUACGUGCUGCAGGAGCUCGGUCUCUGCUCCAGCACGGUUUUCUUCUUCCCUGCUGCGCGCACUGCUCCCUAGAGCUCACCGCGCCCAGCCGUUCUUCCCUGCGCGCGCGUCUGCUCCCUGGCCGUCAAGUUCCUCUGCUAUGAGCUCGCCCUACUCCCAAAGCGCGUCUCUAGUUCCCUGCUCGCCUAGCUCGGAUUGAGCCGCGCGCCCAGCGCUCCCUCUGUCCGUUGCCAUAGCUCGGAACUUCCUGGUGCUCGCUCAGUCUGCUCGUCGAAUCUCCUCCGUGCUCCCAUGGCGCCCCGGCGUUUCUCCCAGCCGAGCACUUCUUCUUCCCACAACCGCGCCCUUGGUCCCCGCCAUGAAAUUCCCUGCAUGCUCCUCAAGUUCCCAGCGCCGGCCGUGCCUGGCCAGAUCUCCCUCCAGCUCGGCCCCGCCCUCUGCGUGUGCUCCUCCCUGCUCAGUUCUCCUGCGUGCCGCGCGCCCUUCGUUCCUGUCUCACGCGCGCUAGCCAGCCCAGAGCUUCCCUGCGCGCGCCUGGAUCUUCUCCCUCCCAGGCGUUCGGCUGUUCGAACCGCGUCCAGCCGAACGGCUCCUCCCACGCGUGCUCCUCCAUCCUCCUUGUGUCCCUGGUUCUUUCCCCUGCGCUCCCAACCGUCGAAGCUCCCUACACUCGCCCCUGACCUCCCAUGGCUGUAUGCCCCAUCUCAGCUUUGCCCUCUGUUCGGCGUGUUUGCCCCUGUAGAGCCCGCCCAGCCUCCAUUUUUUCCCAGCCUGGAUCUCCCUGCUCGCCUUGCUCCUCCGGCGCCGUGGUUUUCUGCUCGCUUGGCCGGCCAUGGUGGCUAUGCAUGCCUUCUGGCCGUGGAUGGUUCUGCCCAGGCCACCGUCGCGCCCAGAGAAAUGGUGCGCGUCCCUGCGCCUGGUUUUCGUUUCCGUCGCGCCGAUCUGUGCUCCGUCCUGGCCAUCUUCUCUGCCUCCGAUCUGUGGCGCCGUCGCAAGCUCGUUAGCCACUAUUGUCUUGUCCACGCCAGCACGCGUUCAUGGUCGCGUCGGCCAAAUUCACCAACGUUCUAUUACCAAUUCGACUAUCAUCGCUGUUGCGUGCGCUCGCGCUCUCUAUCCCCUGGUCGACCUCGUCGUCAGGCUUCGCCUUGCAGGUCGUCGUUCUUCGCUCAGCAAGGUUUCAUUCUAAGCGCCGCCCUUCAAGUUCGCGUCCUUGGCGGACUCGCACCUCCGUGUCGUGUCCGCUCGUCCAUGCUGUCGACCCGUGAGGACACAGGGUCUCGCUAGAGUCGCGCUGCCGUUGACGCAACGCAGGGUCUCGCUCUUUUUCGUGCUCGACCUUACAAGUCUCCAACUCGUCGACAUCCUUUGCAUCAUGGAAAAAUCCUGAGAGUUUGAAUAAAGCAACAAAUCCCAUGUGAUGCAACAUUUGCCAAGAGCUCGACCGGAUGUCUAAACUGAGAACCGUCGUCGCCCUCACGGUUAUCAAAUCGAUUCGAUCAUGGGGGACUACUCCGCAAGAUGAUGUUGAUGGUCGAACCUGAAGAUGGACAGACGAAAUGAGUAUCAGUACAAAAGAUGGUCGUCAAGCGGGCGUCGUCUAACAAACACUAACCUAGUGUUUCUUCCAGGCAAGCCCCGGUGCAUUCGCCACCUCCUUGUUGUUUU